UAAUAACACCACCACCUCCACGACUAACAAUCAUAAUACCCCCCCAGACUAACAAUUAUAACGCCCCUAGAGCUAACCAAAGAAUACAUAGUUCCAAUCGUCAACCUAAAGAAUCUCAAUUUAUUAAUUUAGAUGAUCCAUACUAUGAUCCCGAAGAUGACGAUUUUCUUGAAAGUGAUCCUUUUUAUUAUGUUUCAAAAGAAUACGCACAAUAUUGUAUAGAUAAUGAUGACCAUAGUCGUCUAAGUCGUAGGGAUCGUAGGGACGCACUAAAUAUUCUAGAUCAAA